AUGGCGAAAUGGACCCCAGUGGCUGACUUCACGCACCAUGCCCACACUGGCUCUUUGUCAGCGGUGGCUGUGAAUAGCCGUUUUGUCGUCACCGGGAGCAAAGAUGAAACGAUUCACAUUUAUGACAUGAAAAAGAAGAUCGAGCACGGGGCCCUAGUGCAUCACAGUGGCACAAUAACUUGUCUGAAAUUCUAUGGCAACAGGCACCUGAUCAGUGGAGCAGAAGAUGGACUGAUCUGUGUCUGGGACGCCAAGAAGUGGGAAUGCCUGAAGUCCAUUAAAGCACACAAAGGCCAUGUGACCUUCCUCUCUAUCCACCCAUCCGGCAAGAUGGCCCUGUCUGUAGGUACAGACAAGACGUUAAGAACAUGGAAUCUUGUGGACGGAAGGUCAGCAUUCAUAAAAAACAUAAAACAAAAUGCUCACAUAGUGGAAUGGUCACCAAAGGGAGAGAAGUACAUAGUCGUCACAGUGAAUAAGAUAGACGUCUACCAGCUCGACACGGCAUCUGUCAGUGGAACCAUCACCAGUGAGAAAAGAGUCUCUUCUGUCACGUUUCUCUCUGAGUCUGUCCUUGCUGUGGCGGGAGACGAAGAGUGUGUGCGGUUUUUUGACUGUGAUUCUCUAAUGUGCCUCUGUGAAUUUAAAGCUCAUGAAAACAGGGUGAAAGACAUCCUCAGUUUUGACAUUUCAGAGCAUCACGUUCUUGUUACAGCAUCAAGCGAUGGGUUCCUCAAAAUGUGGACGCUUAACCAGGACAAGAAAAUUCCCCCAUCUCUACUCUGUGAAGUGGACACUAAAGCCAGGCUGACCUGCCUGGGAGUGUGGCUGGACAGCGUGCCCGACAGAAAGGAAAGUCUUCCUCCAGCGUCAGAGUCUUCUGUAAGUGAAGCAGAGCUGUCUAAGACCAGCCCGGAGGAGGAGCUCGGGGUUGUAAUGCAAGAGGAAAAGCAGUCAAAGCCUCGGGUGAAGAAACGGGGUUUGACUGGAGACACUGAUAAACCAAAAAGAGAAAAUACUCUAGGGUCACCCAAGAAGAGGAAAAUGACCAAAGUGUUGGAAAAGAAGAAGAAGAAGAAAAUAUAAAUGAUGUAACAAAUUUCAGCUUUCUCCUAAAAGAAUUUAUUUUUAUUUUUUUUCCUCCUGAGUAAAAUUGGAGAAAGUAUACAGCUUUGAAAAUUGCUUUUAGGUGUGUUUUCUGAAGCACAGAGAAAAUUUUGGCAGACAGCAUUGUAUUAUAUAUCAUGGUAAUAUACUAAUUUGUAAUAUAAGAUUUUUUACUAUGUGUUAACAAUAAAUGAGUUUUAAAAGAUUUUCAAA